AUGGCCAAGUCGAAGAAACAAGGGCAGCCGUUCUGGCUUGGAGGUGCUGCGGCAUCGAUGGCUGCAUGUUUCACUCAUCCGCUGGAUCAGACAAAAUAUAGGAUGCAAGUUAUGUCCACAAGGCAAAACAUGCUGCGGACGAUGAUCCAAUUCGCAAGCAGAGAUGGCAUUCCGUCGUUGUGGUGGGGAAUAUCUGCCUCGAUGCUUCGCCAAUCCACAUAUUCGACCGCAAGAUUUGGCCUUUAUAAUUAUUUUGCCGACAUUGCCAGAGAACGAACGGGGCAAAGACGCUUACCCAGCUCGUGGGAGAUCGUCUGCGCAGGUACCGCGGGAGGUCUGGCCGGACUCGUCGGAAAUCCUACAGAGGUUGCCUUAGUGCGGAUGUGUGCGGACGGAGCAAGGUCGCCCAGUCAGCGAUUCGGAUAUAAUCACGCCGUCGAUGCCAUCAUCAGGAUCGGCCGUGAAGAAGGCGUGCGGACCUUCAGCAGAGGCCUAGGUCCCAAUGUCGUCCGCAGUGUGAUAAUGAAUGUUUCCCAGAUAGCGACGUAUUCUGCAGCCAAGCGGCAACUUCUUUCGAACCCUACAUUAGGCCUCAGUGACGGAAUCUUCACACAUUUCAUGGCCUCCUUGCUCGCUGGUACAGUUGCAACAACUGCUUGCGCACCUGCCGAUGUUUUGAAGAGCCGGGUGCAAAAUGCAGUGGCCGUUAACGGGAGUGUAAGCAAGAUCAUCGUGGAAUCUUUACGCAAUGAGGGACCUGGCUUUGUGAUGAGAGGCUGGACUCCUGCUUGGCUCAGGCUGGCGCCAAACACGGUUCUCACUUUCGUUUUCAUCGAGCAGCUCCAGAAAUUGGUGGAUUUGUCGAGGAAUAUGAAGUCGAUUGAACCAGUUUCCGAUGUAGUGGCGACACCUGCGGUGCCUCAGAAGAUAUGA